AUGAUGCUCUCUGCAACGACCGCUUUGGACGAAAUUUUGACAACAGAUGAAAUUUUGCACAGUAAUCAGGAACUGUGGAAGCUAAGCAGGACACCGGAUACCGUAGCACUGAAAAUGGGGACAACACCGAUCAGUUUUGACAACCGCCUAUCUCUGGGCAUGUUCCUCCAAGAAAGUGACAGUCAGAUCGGCUUUAUUCUCCGCCGCUGGUUGCUUAUCUUACUUUCUGAAGUGAACAAACAGGCAAUGGCUUCCGCCAGAACAGCAUAUCAGACACUCCGUGAAUAG